UCUAUGCGUCCCUCCAAGUCCCUCCAGGUCCCUCCAACUUUCUCAUCCUCGACGCUGAAGCCGGGAAUCCCGCGAAGCCGACUCCAUAGUGUCGCGGUACCCGCUAAUCAAAUCGCACAUUCCGAGAUCUUCGUGGCAGCGUGCAUUUUUUUCCGCUCGAUUCAUAGAUAUUCAUUCAAGUUUCGUCACUUUGAUAGAGAGCAUCUUUGAAAUGUCUCAAAGUAUCGUCACUUUUUUCGUAUCGCGUCAUGCGAUGAUUAACGGCGCAUCGGUGAUCGCGCGAGUCGCUUGACGAAUCGACGAACCCGUGGACGGUGAACGAAAGAAGAACGAAAUAAAUUAAAUGCAGAACAUUACCGAAACAUCAUGGAAGUAUGCAUCGUAUCGUAAUCAUCCGCGUUCUUCAUUUACCUCGGAAAGUGGACUGAUCGGUGUACCAUUUACGGAGUUGGACAGCAUAAAAGGAGAGGAAGAUUAAUUCAAUCGGUAGUCCAUCGACGUGGAAGAUCAGUCACCGAGCGGAAUUCGAAGGAUUCCGAAGAAAAGUUCGGACCAGCCCGAAGGGAAGAAAGUCAUUGUCAGUGGUGGAUAAUCAUCGUCGGCUGAAUGGACGGGUGCGUCGGCCGAUGACGAGUUCGAGACGCGUCCUCUCCACCGAUGCGAGGGGCAAGAAAGAAAAAAGAAAAGGAGAGCGUGGCAGGACGAAAAUCGCGAUUCAACAGCCGUGGAAUUCGUCGUUUCUUACCGGUCGCGGUCCUCGCAUUCGGCUCGUAUCUGCCGGGACGAAAAGGAAGACCCGCGACGAACGGCAACCUCAACGUCCGAAAGUAUCGCUGCUACGUGAUUCAUUGGGUUUUUCUCUCUAUUGGCAUUCGGAAUUUACAUCGGUCCCGGCCACGAUUUCCAUCGACACGCGUGUAAAAACUGCACCGCCUCCUGCUGCUGAUCAAAGCCGAACGCUCGAGAUAGACGCGCUGCGAACAAGAUUAGAAGGAUAGAACUGAGAAAGCCUUAGACUGCUAUCGAGGCGAUCUUCGUCUUUCUACUCGACUCAUCGAAACGUGGCCGCGGCCGCGGCCGUCGCGAAAAGGCUCGUUUCGACUGCCACGUUGAGAUUCGUAUUAGGAUCGGAACGCAAGGAGUACUCGUAAGAAAGGCAUCCUCCUUAGCUUGCUGGGACCUGGAUUUUACCAUUUUACUCGUCUUCUCGAUGUAUUAGAAAUACAAAGUUUUAAUGUACCGAUGUCGAAGAAAUGUUAAACAGCAUAAUAUCCUCCCAAGAAACUUCCAUAAAGAAGUUCAGAGGGAUCUUCAGUGUUUUAGAUUGUUUUUAUUACUUUCGUAUCAGUGCUAUCUCGUGUCAAUUAUAAUGCAACCGCGGAAGCAUUUCGAUGCACUUUGUAAUGAUCAAUUAUGAAACUGUCUGGCGUGAAUUAUACAAGGUCUGAAUAAAGGGUGCCAGGGCAAACGAAGAUAAUCUCGCUAAAAGGAGAAAAGAAAACGAGAAAGGUCGCAGACAAUUUUACAAAGAAGACCGGCUUAGAUUGGAGAAACAUAAGCAAGGUUAUGGUCGAGAUAAACCGGGAGCCGUGGACAAACCGAUAAGACGCGAACUGUCGCUUUGGAGUUCAGAGCACGAGAGGGACCGAACGAGUCCGUGGCUGGCCUCAGGUCCGCUCGGACCUUGCCGGAAACCGAGGUGCUCUGCUCUCUUCAGUUCCAUUCCUGAUCUCGACCUGUCGAUUCGCGUCUCGAUCCGUCUGCAAGCGCAAAAAUUCAGCCCGGGAAUUUCAGUGAUGUCGAUCAUUCGACGCGGUGACGCGCGAUUCCAAGUGACAGUUUUUCCUCUUUCGUGAAACAAUUUAACUAUCUAUUGACAGGGAGCUCCGCAUCGUUACGUUUUCAUCGAGACGAAAAUUCUUAUUGAAAGAAUGCAAUUUUCAUGAGAACGGAUAAGGCGAUUAACGACUCGAAACGUUCGAGUCAUUGAUCAUCGACGUUGCGACGUAAGCACUGUCGAGUGUCCACUUUAUUGCCGGUAAAUAGUGGUAUUUUUCUUGUUCGCGAAGUCGCAGACAGAGACUAUUUACAAACAUGCCAUUCAGAGUCAGCUUGUAGCAGCGGCGCUCGUAAUCAUUCGUAAGCGUCGUUCGCUCGGCACGCUCGUGGUGAUCCUAGAAACAAGAAACGUCAGUGCUUCUGUUGCGCCCGAUACGCGAUCGUUCGACUGACAAGCGUGCGGACUUCUCUACCCUGUGGCAGACAAAGUCAUCGGAAGGUGACAAAAGUAAAGAGCCUCUCGACAAUCGAUCGUCAUCAGCGGUUACUUCGCAACAGCGGGAACGAGAUUACGACGGGAACUUUGGACGAUCGAUCGAUAAAAAAACGGGAAAAACGAUUGUUUUCUUCGACGUCGUUCAAUGUGAUCUGCCGAGACGCGAACGAUAGGAAUAAACAGGCUCGAUGAAGACGGCGAAAGUGUGUGUCGGUUUCGUGUGUCUGAUCAAUUAAAACUGUUCAGUUAGUGAUAGAAAGAUUUUGUGUUCUGACGAACAGUGACCCGAGAAGUGUACGCUGAAUUCAGUUUCAAUUUCAAAUAGUAUAUUGUCUCAGGCCUAGUCAACAUCAUCAAGAAUAUUAAUAAUUCUUCAUAUUUAAAUUAAAACCAACUAGUUUUUUUUUUCUUCGGCGACAAGGGAACACGACUAAAGAUGCAUUCAUAAUUGAAAAGGUUCAUUUUCUGCGUUGAGGAAGGAGAAAAUAUUAACUUGAAAAGUGUGCAUUGCAUUAGGUUUCAAUUUCAUAAGUUAGCACCAUACAAAAUAACAGAAAUUAUUCUCAACCUUAAAAUCAAGACCAAAUCAUUUUCAUCAAAUGUGCAAUCAUAAUUGAGUGAACAUUAAUCUUGGAAUAAACUACAUAUAUAAAUAGAGAAAUUUCGUGCUGCUGGAAGCAUUGAUGUUUCCCCAUCAUCUAGAAUAAUACCAAUUAUCCUCAGUCUUGGUGUCUGCAAAUGUGCAAUUAUAAUUGACGACUGAUUAGAGAGACUGAUUGAAAGGAUCCAAGCUUAAGAACAAAAGAGACGGCCGUCGGUCGGUGUUCCCACGAUUGCCUCUUCCUGGUCUUAUACUGGAGCUGUACUUGCCGUACGCACCACUGCCGGGGGGUGGCGGAAUCCUCCCGGCGGUGAGCAGCGGUCCUGGUUCAGGAGGGUGUCGUCCGGUACUGUUGGGUGGCGUCGAUCUGUCGAUGUCGGCGGCAGUGCAGCCGGUCGCGACGCUGCCGACGCUACCGAGUAGCGGUCCGCCGCCGCACAAUCCGCUUCACCAUACACCUGGGGGGCUACCUCUGCCACCAUUGGGCUCGGCACCGGUGAUGAUGCCUCGGCCACCGGCGACCACCAUGCCAUCUUUGGGUCCUUCGUUACCGCCGUCGCAUCAGGACACCGGCGACUUGGCAGAGGCUGCGCCCAACCAGGACGUCCUCUUGGCUCUCCUCGCCAGGAACAAGAACUUGGAAGAACGGAAGAUCAAAACACCAAGCUGUUUUCCGAUCAAGGAAGAACCCUCGAUACCAAAAUGUGGAGGCUGUCAGGAAGCAAUUUUGGACAAGUACGUUCUGAGGGUUCUCGAAAGGUGUUGGCACGCGAGGUGUCUCACGUGCAGAGAUUGCGGUGCAAGAUUGACCGACAAAUGUUUUGCGAGGAACGGUCAUGUUUUCUGCAAGGACGACUUUUUCAAGUGUGGCAGGCGUUUUGGGACGAAAUGCGCGGGCUGCGGCCAAGGAUUGGCACCGUCGCAAGUUGUGCGUAGGGCCCAAGAAUUGGUCUACCAUCUAACUUGUUUCUCGUGCGCCCUUUGCUCUCGACAGUUGGACACUGGCGACGAAUUCUACCUCAUGGAGGACAGGAAGCUUGUUUGCAAGCCCGAUUACGAACAGGCAAAGGCAAAAGAAUUGGCAGACGGAGGAAGUAUAGACGGUGACCAACCAAACAAAAGGCCGAGGACGACGAUCACGGCAAAACAGCUGGAAACUUUGAAAUUAGCUUAUAAUACCAGUCCUAAACCAGCAAGGCACGUGCGAGAACAACUCUCACAGGAUACAGGACUCGACAUGCGUGUUGUUCAAGUCUGGUUUCAAAACAGGAGAGCAAAGGAGAAGAGACUGAAAAAAGAUGCGGGAAGAACGAGAUGGUCACAGUAUUUUCGAAGUAUGAAAGGAACAGGAGCUGGUGGACAUUCACCUAGACAUGAUAAGCUCCUUGAUAAGGAUGAACUUAAGGUCGACUUAGACUCCGCCUUUGGUCACCAUGAUUUGAGUAACGACAGUUACGGCACUGUGGUGAACAUGGGAUUAGAUGGUGAAGGCGCGAGUCCAGGUGGCGGUGGAAAUGGGGCAGGUGGGGGCCCUCCACGUGGUUAUUUGGGUGCAACAACACCCCCUUAUCUUUCAACGUCCAGAUCACCGUCCUUACCACCUCAAUUCCCAUAUCCACCGGAUGCUGGCCUCUCCGUCUACACUACCCUAGGAGGCGCAGGUGGCAUGGUACCAGGGCCAGCGUCGGAUUUGAGCAACGAAUCGAGCGGAGGCGGCGGAGGCGGUGGAGGCGGCGGCGGAGGCGGUUACCCAGACUUUCCACCCUCGCCCGAUUCAUGGCUCGGCGAACCACCACCUCCACAUGCUCACCACCAUUCACACUACGCCACAUAACCCGGCAAACUUACGCGUUGCCAAGCACCGUUCGGAAGAGCGGAUCGGCGCAAAGCGUUCACCUGACGAGCCCUUCGACGAAACAUAACUCGGUCGAAAGACUAAGGCCCUCCAUCCGAUCAACCUGUCCUUCGUCGAUCGUCGAUGUUAACGAUCCUCGACCCGAUCGAAAGGAUCUCGGUGUUCUCGAUGUUCCAUCGUAAAAGAAAAAGGAUUCAUCUACGAGAGGAACUCGAUACAAAGCUGACAAUCGAGCACCGACUCGAGCCAGGGAAUCAUUCUACACCGUACUCUGCACCGUCCCGGCCGGUUUCCCGUCAUCGAAAUGAUGCCAUAUUGUCUGAGCUGUCGUAUAACGUUACAUUUAUAGCGCACGUACGAUACACAUUCGAUAGGUACGAUUAAUCUAAAUAUAUUUAUGUACAAGUUCCUCGUUUCUCGGUACUAUGGAGUUUAAUCGUCGAAUAAAGAAACCUAGAGGGUAGUUUAGACGUGUCGCGAGAAACGAGCGUUCGUUUGAAUCGAUGCGACUCAACAGAAACAAACUGCUCUUCGAACAUAUACCUUGAUAUUGAUCAAAAUCAAUAUUUGGGAAAUAUUUCGGAGAGCUCCAUUCGCUUCUUCCAACGAACGACUCCGUUGUAUCGAUCGAAAAAUCGCGAUUCUAAUUCGCAAAUCACAUCGUUUCGUUCAUAGGACACGUUUCUGUGGUAUUACAGCGCUUACGUGACGAUAGAAGUUUCAGGUGUCAUUUAUUGUAAAUAGUUUUCAGAUUAGAUUCUAUCAUACUACAGUAAAAGAAGGCAGAAAAUGAUAAGUAGGAACAGAAUAUAAAGAGGAUUGGCGUACAGCGAUCUUUGCAGGGACGACGCCGUCCGCAAGCAAAAUUCCGAAUAUAAAUUUAACCCUGAAGCACUUUUACGAAUCGACGCUCGUUAGAUAUCAUCCAUGUGAACAAAAAUUUACCUAACAUUUUUCGAUAUUUUUGAUUAGUAUACUUACAAAACUUUGUUUGGAAAAGAUAUCAACGAAUUAUAAGGAUUCGUUUGAGAAAGAUCAAUGUUGGUUGAUCACAGUGUAAACAAUCACAUUAUCCCAUAAAAGUCACCACGUGUAAGGAUUUAGUAGUUUGAAAUUGGCGCGUAUCGCGGCCAAUCAAAAGCACGCUACUUACCUUUCCGCGAACCGCUCAUGGUCAGUCGACUUUGAGAAGCGGUAGGGUGUAGACGUGACGUGUAAACGGUCCGCGUUAAUUGUAUACUUCCGCUUCUACUUUCGAGCGUCUUGUAAACAAUCUUGUGAUAGCGUGAUUUCUAAUCGUGACAGUUGGAUGUGAACCGUUGAUCGUGUCGUAUUUUAUCACGUAUAAGACGUUUUGUUUCCGAUCGGCGAACCUCAUGGGACCCCUGUCAUUGGAUAGACGCAUCUACAUAACUGUAUAAUUGACGGUGUAUCGUGAGAUAUAUAGUAACUCUUGAAAUGUUUUCUAUCCUGGUACCAGUGUCUGAGGUUGUCAUCUAAAAGUAAGUCUUGUUUUAAACAAAUUAUUAGACGAUAGUUACUCGGUUCCGUCAACGUACACGAAAUCGCCAAACAAAUAUGGCGACGUUCGAUCGACUAUCAAAUCACAGUUUGUUUGCAUGUUUGUUUAUCGUUGGGGUAACUGAGCGUCAUUAGAUUACACCUUUGACGCGUUCUGUGUCACGUUUUAUCGAUUAACCACUAUCGUUGGACGAUUCGAUCGAUCGAUCUGAUUUAAACGAAUGUUCGAUUUGCACGGUUGACACUUUACGGAUGAAAUUGUGAAAUGUUUUCUAGGAUAAAUACCUUACGUUUCUUUAAAAUUUUAUGAAAAAUAUCUGUAACUAAAUGAUUCAAACAGAUAACAGUUUUUACCAUUUGAACUUCCUCUUUUAAUCCAUAGAUUUGUUAAUUACAUUUUCAUCGGUAGAGUGGUAAUAAUUUUAAAUAAUCAAAGUCAUAACGAUGUCAAUUGUCCUCGAUUCAUACAUGCGUUAUGUAUAAAAUGUAUAUGUAUGUACACAUAAAGUACACAUACUCGCAAAAGUACGAUUAGAUAUAAAAUAAUCGAUAAUCAAAAGUAGCAGGUUCGAUCGAUCGAAUCUGACGAUUAAUUUUAGACGCAUGCGCAAUGAUACGAGGCAUGCCGCGGUCGAUUCUAUUUCAAAUAUUUUGGCGCGCAAUCAUUAAUAAUCGUAUACUUUUGAAAUUAUUUUUCAAAAAUUAUUCGUGUGCCUCGUAUUAUUCGAAGGAGCAAUUGAGAUAUCACGCGACAUGAACAAGGACCGAGACAGAAAGAAAAAUAUCACUGUAGAAUUGUAUAUACGUCGUCCCCAAUCGUUUUACCCGCGAAAAAAACGAUCGUCAAGAAAUAUGCUGUACUCCGUCGGGUAAGAAUAUUGAAUGUUGUACAGAAUUAUGAAAAGCGAACACGUGCUCCUCACCGAAUUUCACAAAGAAAAAAAAAAGAGAAAGAUUCGCGUGACUAGCGCAAUUCAUAAACUUCAUCGACAUGAGUUACUACGGAUCUUUAUAUUAUUAUCUAGUCAUCGAGUGAUAAUAAAAAUUCUAUCGUAAUCUA